CUUGCAACAAGAGCAAAAUCCAGGGGUCAUUUCGGCUAAUCUCCAGACAAGGAAACUUCCCUUCGUCAAGAGAGAUUUUGGUGCGAAAGAGAAAGCGCUAGCUCGAGCGGCUCCCUCCCCGACGAGCGCGCCACCGCCCCUCCGAUCCGAGCAGCCGCCUACAGUAAACCCAUGCAACCUCAAUGUUCCUUGUGAGAUAUCAUGUCUGAACAGCAGGAACGUGUUAGCAAAAGCUCUUCCUCAAGUAUUAGCAGCAGUACUCAGGAGAGUGAGGAGGAACUGACCAUCGGUACCCUUAUAACUGAAGCAGCAAACACAACAAACAGUGCAAAGAGUCUUGGAAGGCGCCUGUCACACUUAGAUUCGAUCCCGCACACUCCUCGAGUGAAUGGGAAAAUUCCGGAUUUUAAUAAUGCGACAAUAGAUCAUGAAUCGUUGCUGGAAAGACUGGGCACUUACGGCUUAGCUGAAUACCAAAUAGAAGGAGAUGGGAACUGUCAGUUCCGAGCUCUGGCAGACCAGAUAUUCCGCAAUCCUGACUAUCACAAACACGUGAGGAAGGCAGUAGUGAAGCAGCUAAAGGAAUUCAAGAAGCACUAUGAAGGCUAUGUACCGAUGGAAUAUAAGGUUUAUCUGAAGAAAAUGAAAAGAUCUGGGGAAUGGGGAGAUCAUGUGACCUUACAGGCGGCUGCAGAUAGGUUUGCUGCUAAAAUAUGUCUGUUGACAUCGUUUAGAGACACAUGCCUAGUCGAGAUAGUCCCCAGAGAUGCCACUCCCACAAGAGAGCUUUGGCUAAGUUUCUGGUGCGAAGUACAUUACAAUUCAUUGUAUGCAAUUGAAGAUCUGCCGUCACGCAAAACUAAAAAGAAGCACUGGCUGUUUUAGCUCGGUAGGCUCCAGCAAUUUCUUGGAUCUGCUUUUGGUCUUCGCUACGUAGUCCAGCAGCAUCUGUAACCUUAGCUUCGCCUUUUGUUAAUGUUGUAAACUGCAAUGUGACCUGGAAACAAAUCCAUGUAAGCUCAUGUACAGUGAAUUGCCAAAUUUUAUUAGUGCAGUUUUGGGCUGUUUGCCUGUUCCUGUUG